AUAAAAACAUGACCCGGCAAUUCGAGAACUGUCGAUCCGAGCACUUUCGACUUCGAUUUCUUGGUAAAUGAUGUUCCUUAGAUUACUAAUUGGAAGGAUGGCUUAAAGCAAAUCAAAAGCGAAAUGUUUCCGAGAGAUCCGAGUAAUCUGGUAUGGUUGCAUGACACCAUCUUAGCGUAUUUUAACGAACCGUAAGCUUGUGAGUGGCCGCGAGUAAACACUGGCAGGAUUUCCAAAAUCAACAAAAUCAACAAAAUCGAGGAUAAUGGAAAUGAUGUCUAAACCAUCUUCCAGUCAGCUACCUCCUGAUUUUUCAACGACGACUGUUCCCGCGGACCAUAUAGUUCUUAGUGUCUGCCAAAGUAUUUUAUAUGGGACGGUCCACGAUAGUGCCAUCAGGAUUUUUGACGUUCUUCUCCUUGUACCAAAUGUCCUCUUCCUGAUGUUCCUUAUGUACAGACUUGGAGUGGCUCAUGUGCAACUUUAUGAAAUAAGAUGUCCUAUUGUAAAGACUGUUUAUUUCAUGGUAUUCUUUGUUUGCAUUGUCAGCAUAAUAAGAUGUUUUGUUUCCAUGCUUUUGACAUCCAUCUUAAUUGAACCCCAUAAGGAUUCUCUGCUAACAAAGAUUUUAUGGCUUCUGUUGUGUUGCUUCUUGUUAGCUGUGGAAUUAAGUGUGAUAAUAUUUGGUGUUUGGGCAGGUAACAUGCAAGAUGGGAGGAAAGGUGUUCAAAGAGUCUUGUGUGUAUCAUCAUUAUUUGCUAUAGCAUAUUCGUCAGCACAGGCAACUCUUGAGUUUAUCAGAUGUCCUGGAAUAAAUGGCAAAAUUUAUGGUAAAACAAAGUAUGAUUUAUAUGGACAUGGCGGAUUGCUGUUUAUGGCAUCUACAUCACUGUUUUUGGCUUUGGUUUAUUUCGUCAUUGUCAUCUUGCCAUGUACCAAGUUAAGAGAACGCUGUAUCAUACCUGAAAGGAAGUCAUUUUACGUGUACUGCGUUGUGUUAUGUGUCGUGCACCUACUGCAGGGCUGCAUGAGUCUUCUGUUGUAUGAAAGUAUCACGCAAAGUUUGUGUAUUUUGGAUUUCACCAUGAUUUUAUAUUAUACUAUGUUCGGGCCUAUGGUGUACUGGACUUUUCUAAAGGAUUUCUUCAGAAGCACCUCGGAUUUCCCGGAUGUACUGAGAGUGGGAGACUCCUACUCGUACUCGUACCUCCCGGCUGAAGACACCGGCCUAGAGUCUGGGUCCGACAAUGAAUAUGGAUGACUUAAAUCACGACAGUGUAUAAAAGCAGAACUAAAACGAGUUCAGAGAGCAACAAUUCAAUUACCAUAACGGUUUAUUGAGAGCCAACUGUUGGCACUCAAGCGAAAAUAAUGUGAUAGUGUAGACGACGAGUAGUUCCUCUCGCUUAGUCCGUCGAGCGAUACCGUAAUAAGGUGCGAGGAGAAAAAUGGCCGCGCAAAAUCCGGGGAGCGAAAAGCGGCCGCUCUUUUCUCGCGCUUCUCUCCUUCAGCAUUUUGCGCGGCCAAUUUUUUCUCGCGGUUUUCUUUCGCGUCACGCACGACGAACUAAGUGAAAGAGGGACUACUCGUAGUCCAGAUAUAGCAAAAUAUAAAUGAAUCAAAUAAAUAAAUCAAAUAAAUAAAUCAUUUACGCAGUCGCUAAUCAGUACCUAUAAUGAGUAACUCAGAACACAAGCAAGCGUGGUAACCCAGAGCAAAGUGAAGAAGAAAGUUUGAAAAAAAGUCAUGGUGGAUUUUGGUUUUUGUACCUGUUUAGUUGAUUUAGUAGCCAGCUGAAAGUCAGUUUUAAAUGGUUAUUUUCAAAACCAGCUUUUUGUUUCUUUUUACCUGUGAAUUUGUAAAUACAAAAUGAAAGAAGUUAUGUUAUAUGAUAGGAUGAAACCUGCUGAUACAAAUCAGUAGAAGAAAUAGAAAAUGUUAUAAAUGUUUUUUCUUGUUA